AUGAGCGUAUUCGGUUUCAGAACAUCGCUUUCUGAGCCCGCUCUCCUGGAAGACGUCGACGAUUGGCGCACAGUGCGCGAUUGGGCGCUUGAAUACAAGCAACAGGUCGACUUGACGUGGCGCGAGCUUCUGCUGCUGGAGUCGACUGAAAUCACUGCCACAGCAUUGCAGUUUCUUGGCCCGGACUCCAACAAGAAGCCGUCGGUCAAGAAAGGGACGAUUGGCGCCCAGCUCUACGCUGCGCUUGACCGUCUCUACAAGCGCCGGCAUGACCUGCCGCAAACGAGGCGCGAGGCGGCUGCACUUGUUCGAGCUUCGUCGUCUCAUGUCUCGCCCACCUACCGCCGCCUUGAAGAUACGCUCAUCGACGAGAGUAGCCAAUCUGCGAUUGAUUCCAUCAGCUUCCGGCGCGACAACUUCGGCAGCCCAGGCAUCCAAAUCGCCACUCGCAAUACUGCCCUCCAGGCCAAACUCGACGCAAUCGCCAAUGAGAUUCCAGACCGUGAUCACAUCGUUGUUUACAACUUGACGCCCGAGAACUUUCAACCAGUUGCCAUGAUGUCGGUGACUCAAGCACGGCACAAAGAGCUCCUUCAAAUCUUCAACCAAGGCGAAAUCGUCGUUACUAAUUUUGGAGCCAGGACGCAGUUUUCGCGAGGUCGUGUGGCGCAUCUAUCUUACCGACACGUUAUGGUCGAACCACUCGGAGCCACCGCUGAGCCGAUCGUCGGUCCGGGAGACUCUGGAUCUUGCUGGGUGAUUGACCUUCCACUUAGGCUUCGUGGAAUCGUCAUCGGCAUUACCACCCACUCGCAGCAAUGCAACAGCUCACUUCAAGCCCGCUUGACACCUUCGUGGGUUGUGUCCUUGUUGGUGGCAAAAUGCCGCGAUUUCAGUGACUUUCCCGACUGCGAUCUGGAUGACGAAGAACAGUAA